CUGACUUACACUGCAUGAGCUAGAUAUUUAUACAUAUUAUGAAAGACCAUAACAUCACGUCUGCUCAAACCCGUCAGGAAUUAUAUCAAAGAUGACAUCGAAAUCUUGGACGUCACAAUUCACUUAGCGUUGAUUUUUACUCUGUUACUUUGGAAAAAACAAGAAGUUGGUGUUCUUCUCAGACGAAAUGGUGAUCUAGCUUCAAGAAUUGUAUUUUAUACUGUGAGCUGGAUUGUAUAUGUCUUGAUCUGGGAUUGACUUAUGGGACAUAUCCACGCUUUAGGAUUCUACGUGUCUGGAGACGGAUAUGCGCGUGAUGAUCUUAUGAGACUUGUCAUGUUCAACAUUUUUUAACGGAUCAUUGUGUUUAUUUAGCCUCUUGAAAGAUUAUCAAAAGAGAAGAAUGAAGGAAUAGCCCUAAGAGAUUCAGUUAUUUUGGAAUCUUUACAUCUGGAUAAAACGGUGUAUGUAGGUGAUCGUGUGAGGUGAUUCGUACCAAUAUGGAUAACGCUGUUGCACCCGGAGGUCCUAAGCAGGACAAAGUGUAUGCCUUUAACUUGAAUCCAGUGGGGGCGACCCAAGGAAAGCUUAUGGAGGUAACCAUGGAUUCCGGGAAUGAGAUAGCUGGACGUGGAGAUGGUACUGGUCGUGAGACAUGGUCCAAGAAGAUUGACUUCUUACUCUCUGUCAUUGGAUUUUGUGUUGAUCUCGCAAACGUGUGGAGAUUCCCCUACAUGUGCUAUAAAAAUGGCGGCGGUGCUUUCCUGAUACCUUACCUCUUCAUGUUGAUCUUCAUGGGGAUUCCACUCUUCUACAUGGAGUUAGCCCUUGGCCAGUACAAUCAAACUGGUCCUAUCACCGUAUGGGACAAGGUUAGCCCGCUUUUCAAAGGUGUGGGAUUUGCGAUGAUCUGUAUCGCUUUCUUUGUCGACUUCUACUACAACGUGAUCAUCUCGUAUUCCAUCUACUACCUGAUCGCAUCCUUCCAGAAGGUCUUGCCAUGGAGUGUAUGUACUAACUCAUGGAACACUAAUAGUUGCUUUGAGCCACGCCACGGACCGGCUUACAAUGUCUCUAUCAUGGUCGUCAAUGAAUACGGAAACAACGUCACUGACAUCGUCAACCAAAAUGUUUCUGCUGCAACAGAAUAUUACGAACGAGCUGUGUUACAAGUUCAUAUGAGCGCUGGAAUUGACGAUCUGGGAAAGGUGGUAUGGCAACUAGCUCUUUGUCUUUUUGCAGUCUACAUCAUCUGCUACUUCAGUCUUUGGAAGGGCAUCAAAGGAUCAGGAAAGGUUGUGUGGAUCACAGCUACUCUCCCAUACGUGGUAUUGUUCUGUCUGCUCAUCCGUGGUGUUACUCUACCUGGUGCUGGUGAUGGGAUCAAGUAUUAUCUCAUCCCGAAAUGGGACCGUCUUCUAACGGCUUCAGUAUGGGUUGAUGCUGCGACACAGAUCUGUUUCUCUCUUGGUCCUGGCUUUGGUGUUCUUCUAGCUCUUUCAAGUUACAACAGAUUCAACAAUAACAUCUACAAAGAUGCAUUGCUGACGAGUACUAUCAAUUGCUGUACAAGUUUCCUGGCUGGGUUUGUGGUGUUUGCUGUUUUGGGAUACAUGGCAAAGCGUAACAACCAGUCCAUCGAUGAAGUAGCCACAGAAGGACCUGGGCUUGUAUUUGUGACGUAUCCUGAAGCAUUGGCUACUAUGCCUGGUGCGAACGUGUGGUCUGUUCUCUUCUUCCUCAUGCUUCUUACACUUGGUCUCGACAGCUCGUUUGGAGGAUCAGAAGCAAUCUUAACAGGUCUUGGUGAUCAGUUUCCUAAGGUGGUAAAGAAACAUCGUGAGAUCUUCAUCGCUUUCCUCUUCGCAAUCUACUUUUUGAUUGGUUUAGCAUUUACAUCCCAGGGUGGCACGUAUCUGGUGAAUCUAUUCGACAACUGUGCAGCUUACUACGCCAUAUUGUUCGUGGUUUUGUUUGAGACACUGGCGGUGGCAUGGUUGUAUGGUUUCACAACACCAACUGAGAAAAUUUCUCGAGACAUAGAAGAGAUGUGCGGAUACAAGCCAGGAUUUUAUUGGCGGUUCUGUUGGAUGUUCCUUAGCCCUGUUAUGAUCAUAUUCAUCAUAGGCUUUGGUCUGGCAAACUACAAACCCUUUACUCUGGAUGACUAUGAUUACCCCGAAUGGGCAGUAGCAGUUGGUUGGUUGAUAUCGUGUACAUCCAUCUCAAUGAUACCCAUCGUAGCUGCCUACCAAAUAAUCACAACACCUGGAUCAAUUAGUGAGCGUAUCAUGAAGAACCUGUAUGUGAAACAGCCACGCCCUUUUGGCUAUGAAAGCAACAUGUACACAGCAGAACAGGAAAGCAGAAUGAAUGGCAUGGUACUAGAGGCAACAUGUAAGCCAGUAACUCUGGUCUGAGGGGACUUAUAAGGUUAAAGGUCCGUUUUGUAUAUAAUACUUUAAGGAGUAUAAGUGGGAGUAACUUGUGGUUCGGUGAUGUUGUUUAAUAGCCAACAGAGUAUUCCUAUGGCUUUCUCUCUAAAUUAAAAGUGACACACAUGUUUGAAGGAUGUACAUUAACAAAGGUAAGUCAGGUACAUGAAUAGGUAGUUCUCUUGCUUUCUUUUUCAACUGGAAGUGAGGAUCCCCAAUGUGCUAUAGCAAAGUAAUGUAUUUCAGGAAUGUGAUACACUAGUAUAUAACACAUCAUGAUAUACAAGGUAAUUAUGUAAGACAAUGUUUAGCUGAACAAUGACAAAAGCUCAUGAUGAUUGUCACUUAUUUUGUUUUUCUCACUCAAUAUCAUAGCACAAGAAAUUAAAUUUCCCACAGUGUACAUAGUGUUAUCUUUCCAAUGUUCCGAUAAGAUUGUGUAUAUACUAUACAUCAAGUGUUAUGUUUUUUGUAGUAACUUUAUAGUGAAAGUUAUGAUGAAUGUAAAGAGAGCGACUGGUGUCGACCAAAGCAACUGUACUUUGGAUGUAGAAUUAAUACCUAUUGUACCAAUGUUUCUUCCACAUCCUACCCAAGCAAUAUCUAUGUUAGUAGAAACAAGCAUAAUAUGCCAUCAUGUCUCCAAUAUCUUUUCAUUUUCAUAUAGGUGAUAUAAUAACAAAUUUACAAAGUUGUAUUGAAAGCAGUGUCUAACUAUCCAGCUUUUGUUUUUUUGUUAUCAAACGAAAACUAUAAUCAUUCACAUAGCUUGUUUAAUAGUAGGCCUUUUAGCAAAUAAAAAACAAAAUCUGUGAUUUAGCUACACAUUCAGUAUUUGAUAUGGUGUUAAUGAGGGAGUGAACUCUUAAAUACCGAUUCAAUUGAUAUCGGAUAAAGGAUUUUUUAAUGUUAGAAUUCAUAUAUAUUGUACAUAAAUGAAGUAUAAGUUUGUAUAAUGUUUGUUAACCAAAAUAGUCGCAAUAACAAGGUCUCGAGGAGGUGGGUCUGGUCAACUAAGUAUAUACAAAUGUGUCUACCUGUCUUUUAAACAUUGAGGUUUGAACUUAGCUUGAUAACUUGCUGAUACUCUUUUGAUGGUCGACAUGGUCAUCUGUUGUGUAUUCUUUCUCUGUAAAGUUAUGCAGAAUCGUUGAUUACUUGUCUUUCUGUUGUGUCAGUGGCAUUGUUUAGCAGCCAUUUUGUUAACAGUCUUGCAUUACAAGAUGACUGAAAGUUAACACUUUCGAACAUAGUGACUCUCCAUUCCUGUUAUACAGACCUUUCUUUCAAAUGAAAAGACCAAUAUUGAUGUUAACAAUUGGAUGAUUUAACACAACAGACCAGAAAUACAAUUACUGAAUCAAAAUAUGUGAACUCCAAGUACAGGUUCUGUACUGUUGGAUAUUGAUGGUUUUAAUGUCUUGUACAUGUGUGCAGACACGCCACACUUUAAAGACCGUCAAUACUACUGGGCCAGAAGGGAUUAGACCACACAGUGAGGUCACUGACAGGUGGCUAUCUCAUUAACUCAGCUCUCAACUAACAUAAGAACAAGGGGAUCAUGGGGGACCAACAGGCACUGAUUGGGAAGUUUUCUAUAUAGAGGGAGCAAGUAGCUACAAGUAGGACAGUGGGGCUUUAAGAGUCACAAGUACAAGAAAUUCUCAUGUUUCCAUUAUUCUUUCAAUAAUGGUCAGCCAAAUCAUUUCUUGAGCCUAUACAAA